AUAUAAGCCUGGAAAAGUGGCAGAGGGAGUCACUGCAGUGAUCUGAUUCAACUGAGCUCUUCCACUCUAGUCUUAGAGAACCCCAAGUAAAAAAUAAAAAUGGCACUUGCUGGAACACUGAAGGAGGCUGACAUCACUGCAGCCCUUGCAGCCUGCCAAGCUGCUGACUCUUUCAAGCACAAGGAGUUCUUCGCCAAGGUCGGUCUCUCCGCCAAGAGCGCCGAUGACAUCAAGGGAGCCUUCAAAGUCAUUGACCAGGACAAGAGUGGCUUCAUUGAGGAGGAUGAGCUCAAGCUCUUCCUGCAGAACUUCUCUGCCUCUGCCAGAGCUCUGACCGAGGGUGAGACCAAGGCUUUCCUCAAGGCCGGUGACUCUGAUGGUGACGGCAUGAUCGGCAUGGAUGAGUUCGCCACCAUGGUCAAGGGUUAAAUGAAGAAACAGCCCAACAUCCUCCUUCCCUACUCUAAAGGAACAAUUUGAGCCAAGACAUACUCUUCUUCUCCUCUUCCCUCUCAUUCUCUCUCUCUCUUCAACGCUCUAAACCAGUUUUAUACACUUGACCCUUCACCCCACCCUCCCCGCCCCUCCCCCACCGUUAACAACCUUCCUCUCUCUCUCUCUCUCUGGCCAUGCUCAGCUCUUUGCUGUCCACGAUGAAUGUACCUUACUAAGUGUAUAGCGUGGUUGACUUGUGUCUUUCUCUCUCUCUCUCUCUUUCUUCUGUCCUCAUUCUACGAUGUGAGUUUUUCUUACUGUGAGAUCAGCGAUGAUGCACUUUUAUGGAAAACGGACAGACGAUGAGAAAUCAAUAAAGGUUCUUUUUCAAUAACACAA